GGGUUGGGCGUAUAGCUCUUCUGUUCCUCGCUUGUGCCAUCAGAAAAGCAGGCAACAUGAAGCUCCUAGUCUUGACUUUCGUAGCGCUCGUAGCGCUGAAUGGCGUUGAAUCAAGAUCUUUCUUCGGUCUGUUCGACUUCUGGAAUAGUGAUAAAGCACUUCCAAGUGUACAAGCUAGACAACAAGGACCAGGUCAACAGGGUCAAGGCCAACAAGGACAAGGACAACAAGGUCAAGGACAGCAAGGACCUGGAAAUGGACAGCAAGGACCUGGAAAUGGACAACAAGGACCUGGAAAUGGACAGCAAGGACCUGGAAAUGGACAGCAAGGACCUGGACAGCAAGGACCUGGACAGCAAGGACCUGGAAAUGGACAACAAGGACCUGGAAAUGGACCGCAAGGACCUGGAAAUGGUGGCUCCCGGCCAUCAGGAACCCCGCCUUCAGGAACUCCACCUUCUGGAACUCCUCCAUCUACAACGAAGAAAUCAUCUCUGAUGGAAAGUAAACAAGGUGGGCAACCAGGACAAGGACAAGGUCAACAGGGACAAGGACAACAAGGACAAGGACAACAAGGACAAGGACAACAAGGACAAGGGCAACAAGGACAACAAGGACAACCAGGUCAAGGCCAACAAGGACAAGGGCAACAUGGUCAAGGCCAACAAGGACAACCAGGUCAAGGACAACAAGGACAAGGUCAACAGGGUCAAGGACAACAAGGACAAGGUCAACAGGGUCAAGGACAACAAGGCCAAGGACAACAAGGACAACCAGGUCAAGGACAACAAGGACAAGGACAACAAGGUCAAGGACAGCAAGGACCUGGAAAUGGACAGCAAGGACCUGGAAAUGGACAGCAAGGACCUGGAAAUGGACAGCAAGGACCUGGAAAUGGACAGCAAGGACCUGGAAAUGGACAGCAAGGACCUGGAAAUGGACAACAAGGACCUGGAAAUGGACAGCAAGGACCUGGAAAUGGACAGCAAGGACCUGGACAGCAAGGACCUGGACAGCAAGGACCUGGAAAUGGACCACAAGGACCUGGAAAUGGUGGCUCCCGGCCAUCAGGAACCUCACCCUCUGGAACUCCUCCAUCUACCACGAAGAAAUCAUCCAUGUAAAUAAGUUAGAAGAAAAUACUAGAUGCUGUUAUGUACCUUGCCUUUUGUGAUUUUAAUAAUUUUAUGUAGCACAUUGUAAAACUGAUUUCUAAAUAUUUUAUUAUGACCACUACUAUUUCUGCCUCUUUUCUUAUUUAUGUAAUUCGAUAUAUUUAUCAAUUUUUUGAUGUUGAUUAAUUAGAUGAAAUAAAUUUAUACUUACUAAUGUUA